GUUUGGUGUAUGACAUGUAAUUCUCUUUUUUUCUGUCGUCAAAAUGAAACGUUCAUAUGGAGAAAUAGACGAUGAUCCUAUCUGUGGAGACAUCAAAAAUAAAUAUCAAAGAAGAUACCAAACUCUCACCUCUUUACAAACAAGACCAAGCAGUUUGUUCAAAGGAACUGGCAAUUUUCCAUUUUUUAGACAGCCGACAGAAAUAGGUUGUUUGUCUCUAGACAUAAAAAGGAAUUUCCACAAUAACAGAAGUCAGUUGAAAUACUAUAUACAACCAAAAGAUAUUCAGAGUGUUAAAUUUGAUUUAAGAAAAGGAUAUCAUAAUUUCAUUGAAAAAGAUGAAAAUUCAGAAGAGUAUAUAAAUGAUAUUCUGAAGUGGAUUUGUUGUAACAGAGAAAAGUUUUUGUUAGAAGAUGAGAAGAAAAAGUCGGACAAAGAGAAAGGGAAGAUCAGGAAUAUUCAUACUGAUUUUGUUUGUUGGAGGGGGCUUCUGACAAAGUUGCUCUGCACUCCUUAUGAAAACAGGGAUGGUUGGCUUAUAGCUGUUACUCGGCACAAAGAUACAUUUUACAUGUGUGAAUUUGAUACAGAAAGCCGAAAGCAACAGAAGCAAGAAAUGUCAGACAGGCAAAGGGAAAUGUCUUAUUGGGGCUGGAAAUUUGAACAGUAUGUUACUUCAGAUAAACCAGAUGGCAUUCCAAACACAGGAGAACCAGUCAAUAAUUGUGAAGCAUACUGUACAGUGGUCAGAUCAAGACUAGAGAAGCACUCACUAUUGUUCUCUGGGGAAGUUGAUGCGAUUGACCUUCAAUCAAAGGACUCCUGUAAAUAUGUAGAAUUCAAAACAACAAGGCAGCUAGAUAAUUAUAGACAAGAAAGGAACUUUAUCAAGUUUAAGUUAAUAAAGUGGUGGGCCCAGAGUUUCCUUGUGGGUAUUCCAACUAUUGUCUGUGGUUAUCGUGAUGAUGAUGGGGUGGUGCAUAGCCUUGAGAAAAUGAAAACGCUGAAAAUUCCUCAUCAAGCCAAGGAUGAACGUGAUGGGUGGGAUCCAGUGAUUUGUUUCAAUUUUCUGGACAAAUUUCUUUCUCACGUGAAGAGAAUCUGUGUUAAAGAUGACCCCAGGACAGUUUACUUGUUUGAAUGGACCCCUCCAGGGGAGAUAACUUGUUCUGUUCAGGAUCCUGGCUCCAGGUUUGAGUUUUUACCUCAGUGGUACACCGACAAUGGUUGAGACCCUGGUGAACAGUUGUGAUCCUAUAACACAUGAGAGGCAGAUUCCCACAUCUGUACCAAGAUAUCCCCUUAAUUCCAGCCAUGUUUCAUAUUACCAGACUGUAGAAAUCUACUCUUACAAUCUUUUUAUAUCUUAUAACACAGAUUUAUAAAAGCAAAAUGGAAAAGUAUAAUUGAAAAAAAUUCCGGAACAUUUCUGAUGUUAAGAUAGUAUUAAUAUAUUGUACUUGGUUUAUAUUUUGUGAUAAAAUAUAUGCACUGAGUAUAUCAAAGUAAAUGGAAGUUACACUACACGUAUAACAUAUACAUAGAGACAUCCCACUUCAUAAGUUCAUACAAAACUAUACCUAUGCAUGUACUAUACAUUACACACUGAUUAUUUACCUUUAUUAAAACCAUCUGCUAUUUAAAAUAUCUGUUGUUGCAAUUAAAUAAACUCUACUACAGACUGAU